AUGAACAUUGUGAAAAAGACGACAGUCAAGCUUGAUGAUAUCCACAUUGUAGGCUAUAACAUCAAUAGUAAGUACUUUCAUAAAAAAAAAUGGCCAUUCAAAUUCGAUAAAUCAAUGCUCACUGCGUUCAUUCAACUUGAAGAUGAAGAAAUCAGACUCAUGGACAUGGAUUCCCCAAUGGGAUAUGUUACAAGAAUUCGACGCCUAAAUGAAAUACCAUACCCAUCCAGCAGUGACGAUUAUAUUACAUGCAUGAUUCCUUUAUUGCAGCUGGCUGCAUUGGGAAAAGUCAUCAUGGAAGACACGCUCCACAUCAUCCAUCAUACUCCUCGAUCCCUUACUGUUUCAAACUAUCCUUCUGCCCGCCCUGUCUUGCCGUCUUGCUUUUUACCAUCCUCACUAGCAUCAUCAUCUAAAAAACCAAAAAAUUAA